AUGUUACAGAAACCAGUGAAUAGUCGACGUAUUGAACAUGUAGCAAAUUUAAUUCAGGAGUAUCAAAUCGCCGAAAUGAAACAUAUUGAUGGUAAAAGUAAUUGUCUCGCCGAUUAUCUGUCUCGCCCUUUUGAUGAUCCACUCUUCGAUAUUCCUUACGGUCUUGAAAGGAAACUACCACUGCCUCCCAAGUCCGAUUCCAUCGCCUGUUUUUCACCUACGGAAAACUUUGUCGCUACAAUGACACUUUGUCCUCGCAAUAAACCUCCUCCACCACCUGCAUAUAACUUGAAUGACGACGAUGAAGACGUUUCUGAUGUUGCAUCUUCUAGUUCCGAUAAUUCUACAGUCUGUGAUACACCACGUAUCACUACAGCACCCUCUUCUAAUAUCCUCAAUUCAAGUGCUUUGCAAUGGUAG